AUGCAAACUAACGAAGAAUUCGUCAAGCUUCUCGGCGAAGGUGCUUAUGGUUUUGUUAAUCUCGUCCGCUACAGUAACCCCGACGACAACUCUUCCUUCCUCUCAGCCGUAAAGAACUCUUACCAAGAAGACUACGCCAGUCUCCAACGAGAGUUACACGUUCUUCUCCAACUCAGGGGAUGUCCCAGGAUCGUUACAUGUAGUCUCAACGCUUUCAUGAACAACUACGCCGACAGGAAGUUGCCUGAACCGUUGAUCAAGGAUUUCGCGCGGAUGGUUCUCGAAGGUUUGGUCUCGGUUCACGGUGGUGGCUAUGUUCACUGCGACAUCAAACCAGACAACAUACUGGUGUUCCCUUAUUCUUCUUCGAUACAAGAUUCGUACGAUGUCAAGAUUUGUGAUUUCGGUAACUCGUUAGAGAUAGGAGAAACUUGUGAUGAUAUCGCUGUUCGUCUCCUCUCUGGUCAAGCUCCAGAGAUACCUGAGACGCUUCCUUCUGAUGCAAAGGACUUUAUCCAAACGUGUUUCUCGAGGGAACCUGAAGGGAGAGGAAGCGCGCAUGAGUUGUUGUUUCAUCCUUUCUUGCCUUGUCCAGAAGUUGAAGAAGAGAAGGAGAAGAAAACAGAGGAGAAGACAACUAAAUCGUUUCUGUUGAACCUGUUCAAGUUGAGAAUCAGAGGAACAAGUUCCAAUAAGAAACUAACGACGGAUGAUGUUGAUGUUUCAGACAAGAAACCUCUGAAGUUGAGGUCUUGGAAGACAAAGACCACACAGUUUAAGAGAACUCUGAACAAAGUGUUGAGGUUGAAGAAAUCGACAAACUUCAGUUUAGUGUCUUGA